AUGGCAUCGCUGCCUUUUCCCUUGGAGAGACUCGUAUCAAGAGAUUCUGCCCCCACAGCAGAUGCUACACUCCCAGAUGACUCCAGAGCACCUCGCACACUGGCAGUGGUGGGAUCACUAACUGGGUUCGCCGGACUGGUUGUUAUACUGCGAGUCUAUGCGCGGGGGAGGAUUUUGAAGCGUUGUGGUAUGGAUGAUUAUAUUACCUCUUUUGCUUUGGCCUGCGCAUUUGGGGUAUUUGGAUGCUUCAUCGGCGAAUCGCAACACGGUCUAGGCAGGUAUACUAAGUACAUCAGCCAUGAUGACCAGGAAAUACUGCGGAAAUAUACAUUCUACCACUCGAUUAUCGUGAUGAUAGGAAUUAGCGCGGUGAAGAUUUCGCUGGGAUUUUUCCUUCUCCGAGUUGCUGCUCAAAGUACAUUUCGGAGGUUUAUCAUUGGGGCCAUUGUAUUUCUCGUCGCCUUUACGAUUGCCUGUGCUGGCACGCUGAUAUUCCAAUGUGUCCCUGUUGCUGGGGCGUGGGAUAUGGAGGUGAGGAAGACGGCCAAGUGUUUCUCUUUGCCUACUUUUACGGCUAUUGGGAUAUUUAAUAGUAGUAUCAAUAUCGUCACGGAUGUCAUAUUCGCCACGCUUCCUAUUCCGAUGUUCUAUACUAUUCAAGUAAAUAAGAGGACCAAGGCUUCUCUGAUGGCUAUUUUGAGUUUGGGGUAUUUUGCAUGUGCUGCUGCGAUUGUCAAACUCGUCGCUCAGAUGAAUGUGAUGAAGAUAACUGAUCAAUAUCGGUAUGUUCUACCUAUACUAUACUAUACUUCAGGAUUAACACAUCGCAGAGACAGUACAUUUACAACAUGGAAUGCUGUGGAACUCAACGUCGGUAUCCUAGCUGCCUCUCUUCCAACCAUCAGACCACUCGUCAAAUCCCUCCUCGGCGCAACACGAAGUCUCACUAGCGGCACACGAAGCAGAAAACGCACCCGGACCGGAUACUACUCUCACCACGGAUCUAUCUUCGCCAUGCGAUCACUACAUGAUAACCAAGAUUCGAGGAAUUAUAUACAAACUAGUGCCAUACGGGCUAGUAGUGAUGGGGGUGAAGAUUUUGCGGAGAGGAAGAGUGGGGAUGUUAUUAUGAGGAAAACGGAGGUGGUUAUUCAUCGCGAUAGUCCGAGAUUAGGUCCUAGGAGGGAUGCAGAUACUAUAUUAUAA